AUGCCACGAUCGAGAAUAGAGGCACUCCUGGCAUCCCUCCCGAAGCUUACCGAUAGCGGCACGCAGCAUACGACCGUUGAACAGGACAAUGUGCGCUUCGUCUACCAGCCGCUAGACGAGCUUUACAUGGUGCUCAUUACCAACCGCCAAUCCAACAUUUUGCAAGACAUCAAUUCACUGCAGCUCUUUGCCCAAGUCGUGGCCAGCGCCUGCCGGACUUUGGACGAGAGAGAGAUUCUCCGAAAUGCAUACGAACUGCUUAGCGCCUUCGACGAGAUUGUCACUCUGGGCUAUCGCGAAAACCUGACCAUCAGCCAGAUCCGAACUUUCCUGGAGAUGGAGAGCCACGAAGAGCGCGUCCAGGAAAUCAUCGCCAGAAACAAAGAGCUCGAGGCCACCGAAGAACGCAAGCGCAAGGCCAAGCAGCUGGAGAUGCAACGCAAGGAUGCCGCUCGCCUCGGCACCUCUCGCACCAGCGUGCCGCGCGCUCCCACGUACCAGACAUACCAAUCCCCUUCAUCGAACGCAGCCAACUCAUACGACUCAUACGAGGCCGAGAAGAACAAAACAUAUACCAAGGCAUCCGCGCCGAAAGGCAAGGGCAUGCAACUUGGCAAGAAGUCCAAGACUACCGACAUGUUUGAGCGCGUGCGCGGCGAUAUGGGUGGUGAGGUUGACGAUACGCCCCUGGUAGCACCUGCACCCCCCGCCUCCGCUGCGCCAGCCGAACCCCGUGUCUCCUCCACCAUGGACCGUGACGCCAUUCACGUCACCAUCUCCGAGUCUAUCAAUGCUACUCUAUCCCGUGAAGGUGCUGUGCAGUCUCUUGCUGUUACCGGUGAUCUGACAUUGCGGGUUUCGGAAGCUAGCAUGACGAAGAUCAAACUGGCUCUGCAAGCGGUGCCAUCUCACGGCGCUCAGUUCCGCACACACCCCAAUGUCGACCGUAACAUCUUCAACAAUUCCAAAGUUAUUCAGAUGAGCAACACGGCGCGUGGGUUCCCCGUCAACAAUGCCGUUGGCGUUUUGCGCUGGAGAGCGACCCCCAAGACGGACGACCCUGCGACCUGCCCUAUUACAUUUACUGUCUGGAUCAACAAGGAUUCAUCCAAGUAUAACAUCACUGUCGAAUACGAACUUACUGGCGGCGACGCUCUUCGCGAUGUCAGCGUCAUGAUUCCCUACCAAGGUAGUGAGCCCGUGGUUUCUAGCUUUGACGCUUCCUAUGAAGUCGCUGGCGACAUGUUAGAGUGGAACAUUGGCAGUGUGGAUGACGAGAACCCCAGCGGUGCUUUCGAAUUUGAGGCCGAGACUGCUGACGAAAACGACUUCUUCCCCAUGCACGUUCGAUUUAGCAAGACCACGCCAUAUGUCGAUGUUGAUGUUUCUUCUGUCUCUCUCAUUGAAGAAGAGGAGGAAGUGACAUUCUCCAAGGAGAUCAAGUCGAAUGCGGACAAUUUCUCAAUCGAAUAG